AUGGAUUCUGAUUCGAUUCGCAACGCUUCGAUCCCUAUGGUGGCUUCUAACGCCAGAGAUUUCGCCAAGAAAAAGCGGACGAAUAGGUCGGCCAAAUUGAAGCAAUGCAAGCUUGAUGCUCGUCGUGAGCAGUGGCUUUCUCAAGUGAAGAGUAAGGGAGAUAACGAAAAAUCGAGCGGUUGUGGAGGGAAUCGUUCACUGCUGGUUCAGGUGGGAAAGGAGAGGGGCCGAUCCGUGGAGAAUUUGGAGAUUAAUCCUAUAGGUGAAGAGAAUUACGGGUCGAUGAACCCUUACAGUGAUUCAGAGUCGCCCUCGAACAGUCCCACCAGUCACACCAGUAGUGCCUCAGGAGGUAAUGAUUCUGGGUCCAGUUUUACUGGGAGCGGUAGGAAUAGCAGCAGCAGCAGUGGAGGGUGUUGUUCAGGAAGCAUAACAGAAGAAGAAGAAGGUGAUGAUGGGUGCUUGGAUGAUUGGGAGGCUGUUGCGGACGCUUUAGCCGCCACUGAUGACGUGCAAAAACAGCACACUCCUAAUUUUAAUUCAGAGGUGCUUCCCAAGCAUGAGAAUGAAAAUGUUACCCGAUCGGAUUCUCCAUUGCCAAAAUUUAACGACCGGCCUGCUUCACAUAUUGAUAUUUCGAAGCCAAAGCCAGAUUGUGUAAGAAUCAUGCAGAGAGCUCCGGCAAAUUGUAGGGCUUGGAGACCAGAUGAUGCUUUUCGUCCUCAGAGUCUGCCCAAUUUAUCGAAGCAGCACAGUUUCCCCUUGAAUUCUGACCGGCAUUAUCGUCAUGGAAGAAAUCCAUGGGGCUUUGCCUUUUCUGCCACAAGAGGAUUCUCGAGCAGGAUGCACGAUGUCCAGGUUGUAGGAAGCAGUAUAAAUGUGAUUCUUUAGAGGGAGAAGCAUCCUUGGAUGGAGGCAGCCUGACAAUUCGGUUAGCUCGUUCUUGCAGCAUGAUCACGAGGUCUUAGGAAGAGUAUCUGUGUUCCUUGAAUAUAUUUGUUGGGUCGCUUAUUUUGGUUCUUGCGUGUUUGCUUACCACUAGUCUCCAAUUUUCGUAGUAAUAAAUUUCAUGUAGGUAUUGUCAUUUUGAAGCAUAGACUGCCAAGUGUUAUUAGGCUGGUUCUCUUAUGACUUUGCUUUGGUCCAUCUAUGUACAGUGCAUGUGCUGAGAUAGAGGACUUGUUGCUUUGUGAAUAGAUAAAGUGCUGUAGAAAGUGAAUACAUCAAAUUCAUUGCAAUAUGAUUUUC